AUGAGAAGAACUACUUAGAAUAACUCAGGUAUAAAUUAAAUAGAGAACAUUUAAAGUUUCAAGAAGAUUGAGACUAUCAGAGAAGAGGAAUAAGAUAACUCAUUUUUCGAUUAAACAGGCGAGACGCCAUUGCUAAUGUAAAAAAGUAUCAAGGAAUCAUUUUCAAAGCGACCAUCAAAAUUAGAUGAUGUUAUAGAAAAAAAUAUUUAGCAUGAAAGCAUUUCAGAAAAGAGCGAGGAAAGCGAUAACCCGUUUGAUAAUCCUACUUUAAAUUUAAGGGCACGAGAAAGAGGUGGAACUGAUAAAUUAAUAUCUAACUCAUUUUCAAUAAAUGAUCAUGAUGAUGAGCAAAUAGCUAAAAAUCAAUCGAUGACAGAAAGAAAGAGCUAAAGAAGGUUAAUUACAGAACCCAAAUUUAGCAUCGAUGACAGAAAGAAAGAGCUAAAGAAGGUUAAUUACAGAACCCAAAUUUAGCCUUAAAAUUUCAGAUUUUUCAAAUUUAGAUAAUGA